AGGCAUGAUUACACAGGAGAUGAGGCGGCCCUGUGGUCGGAGCAGUCGGACACGGCCACGCUGGACCAGCGCCUGUGGCCGCGCGCCGCCGCGCUCGCCGAGCGGCUCUGGACGGAGCCCCCCACCACGUGGCUGGACGCCGAGCACCGUAUGCUGCACACGAGAGAACGCCUCGUCCGUAUGGGUAUCCAAGCAGAGUCCAUCCAGCCUGAAUGGUGCUAUCAGAACGAAGGCUAUUGCUACAGAUAAGCAACAACCGUCCAAGCAAUACCUUACAGCAGUAACUUUGUGAAAUAUUUAUG